AUGGAUAUUUUUAAGGAUUUAUUUGCUACAUAAGGAUUCUAACUAUGCGUAAAGGCUGUAUAAGAUGUUCAUCCAGAUGGCGAUCAAGAGGCUUUAUUCAAGUAAUGUUAAUAAAACUAUGCAAAUGCAUACAAAGUAGUUGGAUAGGAAUUUCUAAGAUUCUUCAAUAAUCAGCCAUCCAAAGACAGAUAUGGCCCUCCAGAAGAGAUCUGA